AUGUCUCUGCGUCCGUCCACUGCUCCUCUGCGUGCCCCUUUGCCUUCUCCUCCUGCUUCCUCUCUUCCUGCUCUUGCCGACCCGGAGUCGGACUCUCUUCGUGCUGCCAGUCCUACUGUCACGCGUCUCCUUGCUACUGCUGUCACUGACCCUUCUUUCGAGUCGUCUGCUGCGUCUGCCCUUGUCACUGAGCUCGUCGACUUUGCUGCGCGCUGUCGUCUAGACUACGCUGCUAGUCUUGUCGCUGCGUCUGAGUCUGCCUGUCCUCCAUCCGUCGGGGCCCCUGAGGGAGACCCGGAUGCACUAGACAUCCCGACUCCGCGCUCUUACGCGGAGGCGAUAGAGGGUCCCUACUCCUCUCAGUGGCAGGCAGCUAUGGAUGCAGAGAUGGCUUCCUGGAAGUCCACAGGCACCUACGUUGACGCUGUUCCCCCUCCUGGGGCGAACAUUGUCAGUGGCAUGUGGAUCUUCAGGGUGAAGCGGCCGCCGGGUUCUCCGCCUGUCUUCAAGGCGCGUUACGUGGCUCGUGGCUUCAGUCAGCGGCAGGGGGUUGACUACUUUCAGACCUUCUCCCCCACCCCGAAUAUGACCACUCUUCGGGUACUGCUGCACGUUGCUGCUCACCGUGACUACGAGCUGCACUCUCUCGACUUCAGCACUGCUUUCUUGCAGGGCAGCCUGCACGAGGAGAUCUGGCUGCGUCGCCCACCUGGCUUCACUGGGUCUUUCCCUCCUGGUACCCAGUGGAGUCUCCGGCGUCCAGUCUACGGUCUCCGCCAGGCGCCACGUGAGUGGCACGACACACUGAGGACUACGCUGGCGGCACUUGGGUUUGCUCCUUCUACUGCCGACCCGUCGCUGUUUCUUCGCACCGACACCUCUCUGCCGCCGUUCUACAUCCUCGUGUACGUCGACGACUUGGUCUUUGCCACAGCUGACACUGCUGGACUCGCCUACGUGAAGUCCGAGCUGCAGAAGAGACACACGUGCACUGACCUGGGUGAACUGCGCAGCUACCUUGGCUUGCAGAUCACCCGGGACAAAGCACGCCGCACCAUUACCCUGACUCAGUCACACAUGGUGCAGCAGGUCCUUCAGCGCUUCGGCUUCACGUACUCCUCGCCUCAGGCCACUCCUCUGCCUACUCGCCACUCGCUCUCAGCUCUGCCUUCGGAUGAGUCCGUAGAGUCGAGUGGCCCAUAUGCAGAGCUUGUUGGCUGCCUCAUGUACCUGAUGACCUGCACACGACUUGACCUUGCAUACCCUCUUAGCAUUCUCGCACGCUAUGUUGCUCCUGGGAGACACCGACCAGAGCACAUGGCUGCAGGGAAGAGGGUGUUGCGCUACUUGUGCAGUACGUCGGGCAUGGGGCUAGUGCUUGGAGGGCGCAGUCCAGUGGUCCUCACUGGGCACGCGGACGCUUCUUGGGCUGACGACCGGGCUACGCAGCGGUCGUCACAGGGUUACACCUUCAGCCUUGGUUCCGGCUCUGUUUCGUGGCGGGCUACCCGCUCGUCUUCUGUUCUCGGCUCCAGUUGUGAGGCUGAGAUCUACGCCGGGGCUAUGGCUGCACAGGAGUUACGCUGGCUCACCUACCUGCUGACCGACCUUGGAGAGCCGCCUCGUUCUCCUCCAGUCCUGUACGUAGACAACAAGGCCAUGCUGGCCUUGUGUCGAGAGCAGCGACUGGAGCACAGGACAAAGCACAUUGCUCUCCGCUACUUUCUUGCUCGUGAGCUACAGCAGCGUGGACAAUUGCGACUUGCGUACGUGGCCUCUGAGGCCAACACUGCUGAUGUCUUCACCAAGGCACUUGCGCCUUGUGAUCAUCAGCGUUGUUGCACGCAGCUGGGUCUUGUGCCUGUCUUGCCUCACUUGCUCACUUCUUGA